AUGCGGUUGACAAGUCGAGUCAACGCGUUGCUCAUCAUCAUGUUGAGAGGGAGCAAGAUGCUCGCGUUCAUAUCUCUUUUUCUCGUCGCCAGCUGCUCCACUCGCGCAGCUGUCGGUCAGAACGUCUCUGUCGCCACAAUACAUUCUCGGUCACCCGGUGAUGCCGAUUUGCUGACGUUCCAAGGCCGCCCCACCAGUCGCGCUCUGGCGGGCGGUGACGCAUCGGCGGAAGGCGUUGGCGGAGCAGCACCGCGGCAGGCGCAGGUAGCGGGACGCGCGGGACCAGCAUCCGCGGAGGUGGUGGGGAGUGCGGAGACUGAGGAAGGAGGGCCGGUGGCGUUUGGGGGGCGUCGGAUUUCGUCGCUGACAGGCAUCGCAACAGCAGGGAGUCAGAUGAAGGGGCGGAGUCCCGCGGAUGGGCUAACCCCGCGGGGCGUGCGCGGAACUACAGGGGCAGAGAAAGGCGCGCAAACGCGGAGGCGGGGUCGGGGCGCGGGGAAGCACAAACCGCACGCGAAGUCCAACAAACCGGGCAGCAAAACGGGCAAGAAAACGGGCAGAAAAACGGGCAGGAAGAGAGCUGCGGAGGAUCCGCUUUUCCCGUGGGUGGGGAAGCCGAGACUGGUGACACUCGACGCAACGAAACGAGGCCGAUGCUUGGACGGCAGGGCGGAGGCUGGUGCUUCAGUAUUAAGCAGUGCGCCGUUCGGUCCAAGACUAUGCUCGGGUCCUCCCGUUACUACAACCAAUCGGUACAAUCACUCUCCUUCAGACCCCUCUGGUACCAUCUCUCGCGUCACCCGUUCGCUCCCUCCCCCUCCGGAUUUCCUCCUCUCUCUUCCCAUUCCCUCCCUCUCUCUCUCCCCCCAUUCCGUCCCUCUCUCCAUCCCCAUUCCCUCCCUCUCCCUCUCCCCAUUCCCUCCCUCCCUCCCCAUUCCCUCCCUCCCUCCCUCCCCAUUCCCUUUCCCUCCCUCUCCCCAUUCCCCCCCUCCCUCCAGCCCCCCAUUCCCUCCCUCUCCCUCUCCCCAUUUCCUCCUCGUCUCCCUCCCCAUUUCUCCCCUUCUUUCUCUCCUCAUUCGCUCCAUCUCUCCCUUCCCAUCACCUCUCUCUCUUCCUCCCUCCCUCCCCAUACCCUCCCUCUCUCCCUCCCAUUCCCUCCAGCUCUCCCUCCCCAUCUCCUCUCUCCCUCCCCAUCUCCUCUCUCCCUCCCCAUUCCUCCAGCUCUCCCUCCCCAUCUCCUCUCUCCCUCCCCAUCUCCUCUCUCCCUCCCCAUUCCUCCAGCUCUCCCUCCCCAUCUCCUCUCUCCCUACCCAUCUCCUCUCUCCCUCCCCAUUCCUCCCGCUCUCCCUUCCCAUCUCCUCUCUCCUACCCAUCUCAUCUCUCCCUCCCCAUUCCCUCCCGCUCUCCCUACCCAUUUCAUCUCUCCCUCCCCAUUCCUCCCGCUCUCCCUCCCCAUUUCCCCCCAUGUCCCAGUGUCUCAACCACCUUCACUCCCUACACAGCUUUCCGUUCCCCUCCCUUCCUCGCUAG